CUCCACAAAUUUCUUUUUUCUCUAUCUUUCUCUAUCUGGGGCCUCCUUGUGUGUGUGUGUGUGUAUAUAUCCAUCAUCUUCAGAACAACCCACCAAACGGCUAUUAUUAGUUGUCAAUUAUAGACACUAAACCAUAACUUAACCCCUCUUUGGGAAGUGGGUGCUUUUUAUUUUAUGUAAUUCUCACUUCUGUUUUGUAUGGAAGGGUUAAUUUGGCAAAAAUUGUGGCAUUUUGUUGAAUAGAUUGGUGCUUCUAAUGAUGUCUGAUGAUUACUAUUACACUUCAAAAAAGAGUGAUGAUAUUUGCCCUGAUGUUUGUGGCCAGCAGGAUUCACCCACAACAUUAAGCAUGUCAAGACUACGGUGUAUGCUUCGAGGAUUGGAUUUGAAGACUAUCAUCUUUUUGCUUGUGGUUGUGCCAAUGUUCGUAGUUGGCGCGUACUUGCAUGGGCAGAAAAUUACCUAUUUUUUCCGCCCCCUCUGGCAAUCUCCUCCGAAGCCCUUUAUUGAAAUUACUCACUAUUACCAUGAGAAUGUACAGAUGGAAAAUAUUUGCAAGCUCCAUGGGUGGGGAAUUCGUGAAUAUCCUAGGCGUGUCUUUGAUGCAGUUCUGUUCAGUAAUGAAGUAGAUAUGCUUAAAAUCAGAUGGAAGGAAUUGUAUCGUUACAUCACACAGUUUGUUCUUCUUGAGUCAAACUCAACGUUUACUGGGUUGCCUAAACUCCAUAAUUUUGCAACUAAUCGGGACCAAUUUAAGUUUAUUGAGCCUCGCUUGACAUAUGGAAACAUUCCGGGAAGAGCCAGAAAAGGUGAAAAUCCAUUUGUUGAAGAGGCUUAUCAGAGAGUAGCAUUGGACCAACUACUGAAACUCGCUGGCAUUGAGGAUGAUGAUUUGCUUAUAAUGUCUGAUGUUGAUGAGAUUCCGAGCGCUCAUACUAUCAAUCUUUUGAGGUGGUGCGAUGACAUUCCUCAUGUCCUUCACCUUCAUUUGAGGAAUUACUUGUACUCGUUUGAAUUUCAGAUUAAGCACAGAAGCUGGAGAGCUUCAGUCCACAGGUAUGAGAGUGGCAAGACUAGAUAUGCACACUACCGUCAGGGUGAUUACCUUUUGGCAGAUGCAGGUUGGCAUUGUAGCUUUUGUUUCCGCCACAUUAGUGACUUUAUAUUCAAGAUGAAAGCUUACAGCCACAAUGAUAGAGUGAGGUUUUCACAUUAUCUGAAUCCUACAAGGAUUCAGGAUGUCAUUUGUAAAGGAGAUGAUUUAUAUGACAUGCUUCCUGAGGAGUACACGUUCAAGGAUAUUAUCGGCAGCAUGGGACCUAUCCCCCAUUCAUACUCGGCAGUUAAUCUUCCUUCUUAUCUGUUUGAAAAUCCAGACAAGUACAGAUAUCUUUUGCCUGGGAACUGCAAAAGAGAAAAGGGCUAAGUCUUAAGACAGAGUUGGGAACUCUUCUUAACACAGGAGGAGGUGCUCAGGGGCAGAUUUUACGUUGCGCCUUGAGGGGCUCUAAUCAGAUAAGUGGUAAUCGUGGUUUACCAGUAUUAGAUACGGUUAUACCUUGUGUGCAGAAAGGUCGAAGAGAGGGUUUUUUUUCGUGAUACUGGUACAUUCAUUUGCCAAGAUGAAGAUUUUAUUUAGGGGAGGAGGACAUGAAGUCUUUCGGUAAAUUGAUUAUUGUUUCCAUCUGUAUUGCAUUACCCUGAGAUAAUAGGACUUCUCUGAAUGACAAUAAUCAGACAUUUUUGUUAAUGGAUUUCGUGUUCUUUUUCUUCUCCUCUUAGAGUAAUUUAAUUCCAAUAUUUACUGUAAAUGGUGCUUUCAUUGAA